AGUGUGCCGUAGUGACGUCACACCCAAACAAGAACCAGUUUGCUGGUGAUUACUGUCGGAUGGUGGAAACUAAGUAGAUUUUCUCUUUAUAGCUACAUUAUAUCGCAAUGUCUCAGGAUCCCUGGUUACAGAAUUAUGAUGCGACUUGUCGCUUGGCACAGGAAAUAGCAGAAAACAUUCAUGAACGAAACAGGCAGCAGAGAACAGGGGGGAACCCUGCAAAGAUCAACAUGACGCUACGGGCAUCGCUGCAGAAGCUCAAACAGAAUAUUGCCCAGCUCAGAGAGGGGUUGUUGCGAGCCUCAUCAUCUCGGCGUGUAAUGCAGUCAGAAGCUGAUAGGAGGCAGAAUCUUAUUGAUGACCUGCUAACCAGAGAGAAGCAGCUCAAUGCCACCUUCAAGGGAGACACCACAGAGCCCGAACCUUCCAGGUCGAUUUUGAUGGCUGAAGGGGAAGGGACGAGUCAUGGUGUUGCAGCCAACCCCUGGCUGGUCAACGAAACGGAGGAGACCAGGGGGCUUAACUUUGGAGAGAUCAAACAGCAGCAACAACGAAUCAUUGAAGCUCAGGAUGCAGGCCUGGAUGCACUAGCAGCUGUCAUCAGCCGACAGAAGAUAAUGGGCCAGGAGAUUGGCAAUGAGCUGGACGAACAGAAUGAAAUCAUCGAUGACCUUGCACAUCUUGUGGACAAGACAGACGACAGGAUUCGUAACGAGACACGAAGAGUGAAGCUGGUGGAGACAAAGUCAGCCUCCUGUGGGAUGCUGGUGGUGAUCGUACUGCUUCUCAUAGCCAUCGUAGUCAUCGCCGUGUGGCCCGUGUAGCUGAGGACGGCAGUGAUCACGGACCUGUGCUGAAGUACAGUUUGGUUCAGAUUACCAGUUAAAAAACUUUGCAUACACAGUGCACACACGUGUAGAGACUUAUUUAAACAUUGUCUCUCAUCAGAUUUUAUUUUCUUAUUCUUUCUCUUCCCAUUGAGACAAAGGUCAGUGGUGACUGCCCAGCCAAGGCAAUGUGAAUUGAAAAACUUAAGUCCUUCAGCAGCACAGUUACUUUCUUUCUGUACAGUAAGUUGUUGGUUGGGUGAAACGCAUUGGUAACCCUGCAGACAUAUUUUGCGUAGGUGUACAUUGUCCUCUUUAAUAGUUGUUCAAGUGUCUGGCUCAUUUAAUGUAUAAAAUAGUUAAAUUAUUUGGAGGUUUAUGAGCCCUUUGAAAAAUAUUUUUAGCCUGGACUGUGGCAAAUGUUGACCCAACAGUGGGACCUCCUGUAGGUAGCGGGAGCUUUCCUUUCAUUAGCCUGUUUGUGGUCUGGGCUGAGGCUCUCACCGGGUACAGUAAUUCUGCAAGCUUUGCAACAUUCACACUCACUUAUAUUUACCCAUGCAUUGCUGUAGCAGCUGUAAUGUUAUCAUUUGUCUUGGGAUUUUAUAACGUUUAUAGAAUAGCUCUCAGCCAAAACAAACAAGCUCUGCUGUGUUACUAACAUGGCUGUUUUCCUUCCUUGUAAAUCAAUUCAGCUUGUAAUUUCUAAUAAAUGACAUUUUCAGUUAAUA